CACGGGCCGGCAUCGUCACGGCAGUCCGCAGAGUGCAGACAGACCGAUGUUCAAUCAGUAGAAUAUAAAAACUUGACAAGGGUGGUUGUGUUGUCGCCCGUCCGUUGAAUAACAAUAAAAUUUAUCCAGGGCUUCCAGUGUAUUUUUUUUGUACUCAUUGAAAUAAGAAUUGUGUCAAGCUGUGCUGUUAGUGAUAUAAAUCAGUUCAAUUGGAUUUGUGAUCGAAUCAGGCUAUCGCUGGUCGCCUCGCCGUGAUGUUGGCGAACUUGAGCGGAACUUUGGUCCAGGGUUUUCAUCAGGAUGGUCACGCAGCGAUGACGUCCGGUAAGAAUAUGGAGUCGAAGAGCACACAAAUUCAUCUCCCGCUAAUGGGACGCGGCAGCCGCGGGGAGCUGAACGACAAGGUCAUGUUCUCACAGGUGAAGUCACCUCCAGAACAGCUCAAUAAUGGACAGUUGUUAGGAGGAUCUCAAAUAAAUCUGUGCAACGGCGGCGCUGGAGCUGCCAUGACUGGAUUGGUACCAAAGAUACCUAAUGGCUAUGGAGAUCAGAAGAAACCAAUGGCAUCCCUCACUCAUUUACCGAAACGUCCGCCGGUAGACAUCGAGUUUUCAGAUUUAUCAUAUUCCGUCAGUGAGGGCAGAAAGAGAGGGUACAAAGCCUUAUUAAAGUGCAUCAAUGGUACUUUCCGCUCGAGUGAGUUGACGGCCAUCAUGGGGCCAUCUGGUGCUGGCAAGAGUACCCUCAUGAAUAUAUUAGCUGGAUACAAAACGUCAAACGUCAGCGGUUCAAUACUUAUAAAUGGCAAAGAGAGGAAUCUCAGACGGUUUCGCAAAUUGUCUUGUUACAUAAUGCAAGACGACUGUCUCCUACCACAUCUCACCGUGAAGGAAGCGAUGAAUGUCUCAGCAAAUUUAAAACUCGGUAAAGAUAUGACUGUUACCGCAAAGAAAAUAGUCAUCAACGAAAUAUUAGAAAUGCUGAGUCUUGUAGAAGCUGGUGACACGCGAACAAUAAAUCUAUCAGGAGGACAAAAGAAACGUCUGUCUAUAGCUUUAGAGCUAGUUAACAACCCGCCAGUCAUGUUUUUCGACGAGCCCACAUCUGGAUUGGAUAGUUCAUCAUGUUUUCAAUGUAUAUCUCUGUUAAAAUCUCUUGCAAGAGGUGGAAGAACAAUCAUAUGUACCAUCCAUCAACCGUCCGCGAGGCUCUUCGAAAUGUUUGACUUUCUAUACACAUUGGCUGAAGGUCAAUGUAUAUAUCAAGGUUCAGUGACUAGCUUAGUGCCGUUUUUAUCAUCUAUGGGAUUACAUUGUCCAAGUUACCACAAUCCUGCUGACUAUGUGAUGGAAGUAGCAACGGGUGAACACGGCGACUGGGUGCACAAACUGGUGAUGGCUGUGAAUAAGGGCAACUGUGGCAGAGGACAGUCAUCGACGUCUUCUUCCUCAUCCUCCGUGCCUCAGAACUGCAACUAUAACAAUCAAAGCAAGAACAAUAUUAAGAAGGAAGCACUUGAGAUAGUUAUUGACAAACCAACGUGCACUGUGAUAGAUAUGUCAGAACCGACCCUCAACACUGAGAAACAAAAUGCUCUACCGAAUUCAACGAACUUAGCGCCCGUCACUUGUACUACUUCUCUCCUCGAUUCAAGCGAGAGUUUCACGAAGAAGCCACAAAAUACCGGCUUUCCGACGUCAGGAUGGAAGCAAUUUUGGAUCUUAUUGAAAAGAACUUUCCGAAGUAUUUUACGAGAUCAAAUGUUGACGCAUUUAAGGUUAUGUUCGCAUACUGUUGUUGGCUUGUUGAUUGGAUUUCUGUACUACGAUAUUGGACAAGAUGCUGCUAAAGUUAUGAGUAACGCUGGAUGUAUAUUCUUUACUGUGAUGUUCACUAUGUUCACGGCUAUGAUGCCUACAAUUCUUACAUUCCCAACUGAGAUGAGUGUGUUUGUGAGAGAGCAUUUAAAUUAUUGGUACUCGUUGAAAGCGUUCUAUUUUGCGAAGACUAUGGCGGAUCUACCGUUUCAGAUAGUCUUCAGCGGGGUGUACGUGAUAAUAGUGUACUUCAUGACGGGCCAACCGAUGCAGACGGACCGGGUGCUAAUGUUCACGACCAUUAACAUCCUGACGGCGCUGGUGGCGCAGUCCCUGGGGCUGCUCAUCGGCGCCGCCAUGAAGAUCGAGACGGGCGUAUACCUGGGGCCCGUUACCACCAUUCCCGUCGUGCUGUUCUCUGGUUUCUUCGUCAACUUCAACGCAAUCCCCAGCUACUUGCAGUGGUUGACGUACCUCAGCUACGUGCGCUACGGCUUCGAGGGUGCCAUGCUGUCGGUGUACGGCUUCGGCAGAGAGAAGCUACACUGCUCGGAGGCCUACUGCCACUUCCGGACCCCGAGCCUGUUCCUCAAGGAGAUGACGAUGGACCACUCCAACUUCUGGGUCGACGUCGGCGCAUUGAGCGCUUUCUUCGUAUUCAUCCGAGUGAUCUCCUAUCUAGUUCUAAGGUUCAAAUUGAAGAUGAUGCAGUAGGGCGGCACAAAUCGCGCUUAUAUUUUGUCGGUGAUAUGAAUUAUUUUCCAUUUACCCGCGGUUAGCGACGGCCCGACGUGUUCUGUUUGGCGUUACCGAAGUUGGAAGAUUGUCUCGAAGUAUUAGGAUCUAUUAGCUUCGUCGAUUGUUGAAGUUUUACGCGCCGGCGCAAAUGUCUAGUUGUUAAAGUAGAUUUAAUAUAGUUUUCGAAUUAUAUAGCUUUAUAGGACGCGGUUCGACUCAGUCGAUUUUAGUGUUUGUACGUAAAUUUAGGUUAAGAUUUUUCUAGAUCGGGCCCAUGACUUAAUUUUAAGUUACUUAAUGAUAUUACCUUGAUUUAAUUUGUAUUUUUGACAUCACAAUGUAGGCUUUUCUACUCGUAUCCGUACGCUUGUGAUAAUUCGAUGGUGUGUCACUUGCUUAUCUGUCAAAAUUGCGUUUUGUUGCUGGUGGUGAUAUGAUGUUUGGAUUCUGUGUGGUCAUAUAAUAUAGGUUAAUAUAAUAUAUCAAAAAAAUGAUUUUGGUAAAAUCGACAACGUCCAGUUGAAUUUAUUAUUUUUCUAUAUUUGUUUUUAAUUGAAAGUAUUGCAAUAUUUUUUCAUAAUUAAAAAUAUUUUAUUUUGUAUAAAAGGAGAAUGAAGGUUAUAGAUUUGCUUAUAGAAGGUUCUAGACUUCAAUAGAUUAGGCUGGGCUAGUGUGAGGGGUACAAUUGCUGUUACUAUUAAGCAUAAUACAGGUGGUGAUGAUUGAUGAUCUCAAAGUUUUUGGUGAAGAUAAUUAAAUAUGGUUUCAUAGUUAUUUAUCGUAUUAUUAUAUUUUUGAGUUGUAAUAUUUCGAUGUAAUAUUCUAAUGUAAUUUUGACAGAUAGCAAUGUGUUGGCGGGCGUACAUAUCUACUCAAUUUACAUUCUAGUUUUUAAUUAGAAAUUUUAAAAUACCUUUCAUUAUGCUAAAGAUUUUGGUAAUUAUUCUCUAUGUCAAUCUUAAUUACCAGUAUUUAAAAAUAAUAAUAAACGACUGUGAUUUUUAUAUAAA